GCGUCGACCGUCGGGGCUGUCCUUCGCGUGGGUGGGCAGCGCCCUCCCCGCUGGAGGCGGGGAGAAGUGAGCCAAGCGUCUCGGGCUCUGGCAAGGCCGAUUUGGCCGAAGUCCGGACGCCUCGGUUCGGCACUGUUGCUGCCGCCGCCGCCGCCGCCUAACCCUGCGCGGCAGAAUAGCAGCAGGACAUGCCCGCACGUCUCCCCGGACUGGAGAGCCCCGCGAGCCCCCGGAUUCGCAGCCCCGUGAAUCUCGCCGUCCACCCGCUUCGACCUCAGACCCUUUGGCUUCAUGAGGAUGCCCCGGGCCCACGGGGUGAGAUUACCACUCCUGUUCCUGCAGGGCGCUCUCCUCGGAUUUGUGGCCGGGAAAGAAGUCAAAUCGGCCAUGCAGAGCCUCCCCCAGCCAAUGUCUCCCUCCGAUUUCCUAGACAAGCUGAUGGGCCGGAGGUCGGGCUACGAUGCUCGGAUUAGGCCCAACUUCAAAGGCCCACCCGUCAAUGUGACAUGCAACAUCUUCAUCAACAGCUUUGGUUCAGUCACAGAAACGACUAUGGAUUAUCGGGUCAAUGUCUUUCUGCGGCAACACUGGAAUGACCCCCGCUUGACUUAUUGGGAAUACCCCGAUGACUCUCUCGAUUUGGACCCCUCCAUGCUGGACUCCAUCUGGAAGCCAGAUCUGUUCUUUGCCAAUGAGAAGGGAGCCAACUUCCAUGAGGUCACUACAGACAACAAGCUUCUGCGCAUUUUCAGAAAUGGGGGUGUGCUGUAUAGCAUUAGGCUGACUCUUAUCCUCUCCUGCCCAAUGGAUCUCAAGAACUUCCCUAUGGACAUUCAGACAUGCACCAUGCAGCUGGAGAGCUUUGGUUACACUAUGAAUGACCUGAUCUUUGAGUGGGAGAAGGAGCAGGAGGCUGUGCAGGUGGCUGAAGGCUUGACGCUCCCUCAGUUUAUUCUGCGGGAUGAGAAAGAUCUGGGCUAUUGCACCAAAUCCUACAACACAGGGCAGUUCACCUGCAUCGAAGUGAAGUUCCACCUGGAGAGGCAGAUGGGCUACUAUCUGAUCCAGAUGUACAUCCCAAGCCUGCUGAUUGUCAUCCUUUCUUGGGUCUCCUUUUGGAUCAACAUGGAUGCUGCACCAGCCCGGGUGGGGCUCGGCAUUACCACUGUGCUGACAAUGACCACCCAGAGUGCAGGGUCUCGGGCAUCCUUGCCUAAGGUCUCCUACGUCAAAGCCAUUGAUAUCUGGAUGGCUGUCUGCCUGCUCUUCGUCUUCGCCGCCCUGCUGGAAUAUGCGGCAGUCAACUUUGUCUCGCGCCAGCAUAAGGAGCUCCUGCGUCUGCGGCGGAGCCAACGGCGGCAGAGGAUGGAAGAAGAGAUGGUGCGCGAGAGCCGCUUCUACUUCCAGGGCUAUGGACUGGGGCAUUGUCUGCAGCACAUGAAAAGUGGGGCAGCCAUGGAAAGCCCCAUCUACAGCCCACCCGUGCCAGCCUCCCUCCUGCGAGAAGGAGAAAUACUCCGGAGGCGCUACGUGGAGCGGGCCAAGCGCAUCGACACCAUCUCCCGAGCUGUCUUCCCCUUCACUUUCCUGGUCUUCAACAUUUUCUACUGGGUGGUCUACAAAGUGCUUCACCAAGCAGCCCCCUGAGGUCUGAGCAGGACCUUGCCUUGCUGGUGGCUUCCUUGUGAGCUUCCGGGCUGGAGAACACACAAAUAUCCAUUCCUUUCCCAAAUGCCGUGCGGAGAAAUUUGGCAAAUUCUGCAUGAUGCUCAGGCAUGCAAAAGGAAAGUAUGGGAAAUGUGCCACUGCUGAGCAUGAUGGAAUUUGGGGUGGCUGUAUUUCAUCAGGAGGACCGCCGUGGGGCUGUUUUUCUUUUCUAGAUUUUUGCUGCUCCCCUAAGGUCCAGGAAGCCUUGGAAGAAUUAAAGAAGUGACAGGUAAAAAGAGAA